AUGAAUCUCAGAUACGCUUUACCAAUUUCGAUCUUGGCUGUUCUCGGCCAAAACGCAAACGCCGCAAGUGAUAUUGCUGGAGCUUCCUCCGAGGCAGUGUCAAGAGUAGGAGCAGCAAGCAGCUCUGUUUAUGGAGCCGCGUCUUCUGUCGCAGCAGGAGGCUCUUCUGCCAUCGGCAGAGCUUCUAGCUACUUUGGAGGAUUGGGUUCUGGAGCAGCUAGCAACGCCACAUCCAGCGGUGGCGCUUCAGGUGGACUGGGUGGCACUCACACGACUUCAAGGUCUGCUGGCUCAGAAGAAUCAUCCUCUGCCCGCAGUGGCUCUUCCUCUGCAACCAGCGGUUCCUCUUCUGGCAGCAGCACCUCCAGUGGCUCUGGAGCAGACAGACUUCAAGCUUACCCUUACUUUAUCACCGGAGGUGUUCUUGGAGUUUCCGCUCUCAUGGCUCUCCUCUAG